AACACAAACAGUGAACUCAAUAACUGCAGGAAGUUUGAUUAGGACACAAUAAGAGAGAUUUAUACCUCCUGUCUGUCGGUGAGUAAACUGAUUAAUAAACUGUAAAAGUUCCUGCAGAAUAUUUUAGUUUUCUUAAUAUUUUUAAUUUGAAUUAUAUUUUCUUUGUUAUGAACGAUCACUUCAUAGUCUGCUUGUUUGAUAACGCGGGCCGUUGUUUAAUCUCUGUAAAUAUAGCUCCUGUUCAGGAUCUUAAAUAAUAAUAAACAUUAAAACUAAUCUAUGUUUAUUUAUACGUUUUAUUACUCCCCUCAUAACGGAGACCCUGAGGUUACGAUGAGAGCUGAUUUAAUUACAAACUCAGUAGUUAGAGCAGGAUCCGCCCCCCCGCAGCCGUCUGUGUAUAAUCUGUAUAAUGAUGUGUUUCCUUCAGACAUGACUCCGCCGCAGACGACCCCCUCCUGCCCUCUGUGCUGCAGCACGUAUUCGGCGCUGUCGAGUCACCUCCGCAAAUCUCACGGCAUGACCAACCUGCAGGAGAGGAAGCGGCUGCUGAACCUCGCCACAAAGCACGUUAACAUCAGGGACGCGGUCUGUCCGGUCUCGGGGUGUACGUACAGAAGUACGAGACCGGACAAGAGCCUGCCAGACAGCCGUCUGGAGCUGAGCCCGGGCGAGGUGGAGAGCCACAUGGACGUGGCCCGGAGGGAAAGGACUGUGACUCUGCUGGCUGCCCUCCGGGCCACGAAUCCGUCCACGUCCGUGAUGACCACUCUAGACCUGGAGGAGGAGGAGGAGGAGGAGGAGCCCAUGUGCACUAACCCCGAGUGUGGGAAGCAGCUGGACAGUUGGCGUGAGAAGAAAAAAAGCCUGAGACAGAAAAAGCGUAAGCUGGAGGAGGAGGUCUUCAUCCUCCGGAGGAAGUACAAACGUCUGGUGAGAAAGCAGCGCUGCCUGUCGGCGGACGCCGGGUCGUCAGGACUCAAUGCUGCUGCUCCCACUGAGGAAGAGGAGGCAGACCACAGCAGGGAGGAGGAGGAGGAGGAGAGUGAGGAGGAGGAGGAGAAGGAGGAGAGUGAGGAAGAGGAGAAGGAUGAGGAGAAGGGUGAAAAGGAGGAGGAGGAGAGGAAGGAGGAGAAGGAGGAGAGGAAGGAGGAGGAGCAGCAGGAGGAGAGGAAGGAAGAGGCGGCUGGGUCCAGCGGGCAGGCUUUGACCAAAAAGGAAACAGGUCGUGGAGAAGCUCCUGGAAGGAGAGAUCUGAUGCUCUCUUCCUCCACCGCUUUUCCCUCGAACAACGAGAAAAAGAUGAUUAUUAAAGAGGAGCCGCAGGACUGGAGCCUAGACCAGGAAGACCAAGAGGAUCAGAAUCAGCCCCACCGGGUUAAAGAGGAACAGGAGGAAGUCAGGACCAGUCAGGAGGGAGAGCAGCUUCAAGGGUUCACAUUCACUCCUGUCCCUGUGAAGAGUGAAGAUGAUGAUGAUGAAGAGAAACCUCAGUCCUCACAGCUUCAUCAAAGACAAACUGAACAGAUAAAAACAGAAGCUGAUGAGGAUGACUGUGGAGGACCAGCUCCGACCAGGAACUCAGAUCCAGAUACUCAUUUACAACCUGAUACUGAUGAGAUGACAGAAGACCUGUUUGAACCUGAGACUGGAGUCUGUAAUGAUGAUAAAACCACCAGAGAAGCUCCUUUAGUUUUAAACUGUAUGAAAAACCAUGGAUUUGGUUCUUGUGAGAAAUCAUUUCCCUGCGUUGUGUGCGGGAAACAAUUUAACAAAAACUCAAAGCUGCAGAUACACAUGAGAACCCACACAGGGGAGAAACCGUUCAGUUGCUCUUUGUGUUUUAAAAAGUUCAGUCAAAAAUCAGGUCUGGACUACCACUUGAAGACUCAUACAGCAGAGAAACCAUUCAGUUGCUCGGUAUGUGGUAAAACAUUUGGCCAGAAGGCUUAUCUGCAUAAGCACAUGAAAUGCCAUACAGGAGUAAAACCAUACAGCUGUCCAUUUUGUAAUAAAUGUUUUUUACGCUGUGAACAUUUACAGUCACACAUGAGAACGCACACAGGGGAGAAACCAUUCCGCUGCAGCCUCUGUGACAAAAGAUUUAGUUGGCGAUGUCAGCUGAAAACACACAAGUGUGUUGGUAAGUCCUCACAGCUUCGUGGACUCUGGACCAGACAGGAGGGGGAGCAGCUUCAAGGGCUGCAGGAGGCUGAUAUCACCAAGUUCACAUUCACUCCUGUCCCUGUGAAGAGUGAAGAUGAUGAAGAGAAACCUCAGUCCUCACAGCUUCAUCAAAGACUAACUGAGCAGAUAAAAACAGAAGCUGACUAUGGAGGACCUGAACCAGCCAGGAACUCAGGUAGUCUUGAGUCACAUGGACGGACCAACUGGCCAGUCCAUGGACAGUUCUUGUGAUCAUCCAGUUGUUGAUCCACAAGUCUUUAAUUUAGUAGAAACUUACAGGAAAAUCCACGUAAGGACAUAACUUUAGAGUAAUGUUUUUAUGGACCAUGCUAGUUCAAAGGUUCAUUCAUAAGGUUGACAUUCAGAUUUUAAAUCAAAAUAUCAAAUAUUGUGUUUACACCCAGUAUUUCUGGUAUUACCUGGUAUUUUUAAUAUUGUUUGUAGAAUGAGAUUCCAGCUGUGGCUGCAUGUCUGGUAGAUACUUCUCAGCAAAGAGUCAGCUGUGUACUCCGCCUCCAGAGGAUCCACCAGCAUCAGUGUCCACAGCAGAGACUUAAUAUCAGAAACGUGGACCUGUACCGAAAACAGGCCGGUCAACCAUCCUGCAGAUCCUGCUGCUCAACAUCAGCAGAACCGAGGAGCCGAUUGUUAAUUUUAGGGAAAAGGUUUAAAAAGCCAUGUUAGCUUCUCUGUUAGCUUUAUGUUUAAUUAGCAGGAAUCACUUUCUUCCAUUAGAUGUAUUAAGUAUAUUUAUAAAUACAAUUUAGAGGUACUUUAAAUACUUCUUCUCCACCAUCUGUCAGAAGGAAACAUUGUAAUUAUAAACAUUGUACUUUCCAUUCCACUAUAUUAAUACCUUCAGAUAAAUGGUGUAUUAUAGAUUAUUGUAAGUUACACAGUAAAAAUCCAUCUGCAACAUUUAAAGGUCCAGUGUGUAGGAUUCAGUGGCAUCCAGUGGUGUAGUUGAUUACACCCAAUAUAAUAAAUUUAAUGUUUGAUGUUUUGUACUUUCAGACUUUUAAUUCUAAAAUUUUUACUGUGUAGUUUAUAAUUAUUCAUUCCUUAUUAAUGCGUCUCUCUCCGUUCACAUUUUUAAUUUCCUGUAUAUAUUUAAUCCUCAACCCGUCAGCGUAUUAUUUUGUAUCCUGAGUUUUAUUAUUUUUUUGUAAGUUGGAGCAUUGUUUUGAGGUCGGAUACUGUUUCCCGUCGUUGUUUGUGACCUGGCUGUAAACUGUGUUGAUUUGUUGGGUCAAUUCUCAGGACCUUCACUGCCUCGUUUGAGUGCACAGUUUAUUGUUGAGAUGUUUCGUUCAGGUGCAUUUUACAAAUAACAUUAAAUGAAUUAAUCCAAAAUUCAACUUCUUAAAA